CAAGGCUAAGGAGCUAUCCAACCCUUUUGGGCAAUUACAGGUGGCUGUGUACGGAUUCUGCCGAACGGACUUCGAUCUACUUGGGCCUACACGCACCAUCUCGUCAAGACCCCGGGAAGAAAAGGUCGCAAAACGUCAAGGACGACAAGAAUCAUGGCCGACAACACAGCACCCGUCACCCUUCGCGCCCGUAAAUUCAUCACCAACCGCCUUUUGGCGCGCCGUCAGUUUGUACUCGAUGUUCUCCACCCAUCGCGGGCGAACGUACCAAAAAACGAGCUCGCAGAGAAGUUGGCUACCAUGUACAAGACGGAAAAAGCACGCGUAGUCUGCUUCGGUUUCCGAACACAAUUCGGUGGUGGACGUAGCACCGGAUUUGCGCUGAUUUACGAUGAUGAGGCAUCACAGAGGAGAUUCGAGCCUAAGCACAGACUGGUCCAGUCUGGCCUUGAAACCAAAGUUGACAAGCCUUCACGUAAACUGCGACACGAGAGAAAGAACCGCGCGAAGAAGUUCCGUGGUACUAAGAAGACUAAGGCUGCUGAGCCUGCUAAGAAGGGCAAGUAGACACUGCCCUAUCGCAUUAGUCUAUAUUCCUUUCUUGCUCGAGUGUCCCCCUUAUUAUUGAGAACCAGUCGAGCGAGCUGUACCUAUGGCGUAUGUCACACUCACAACCACAUUCAUGAAUCAUAUGCACAUGCGGCUCACAAGCAUCUCCAUUGGAAUCUGU